AUCGAACUCCCUCCACUGCAAAUCUGCGAUGGCAUCCAGGUCGUCAACCCACCAUCGUCGAGCGUUUCAAUUUGAAGUCGAGCAGGACUUUCAACCAGGCCCGUCGUGGGCGUUCCCUGGCCCCGGGCGAUCCAUGGACCUGCACAUGCCUCGAAGCGAAGUCGCGGCCAUCGCGACUGAGCUCGAGAAAGAUUGCCCGCAUGCCCUAGGUGAGUGGACGAGCACGGCCAUCACUGGCAACGACGUGCUGUCGUCGUGCUUGUACUCGGCGGGUAUCGUCGCGUCGAAAGCAGGCAAGAUGGCGCCCCUCGCCAACGUAUUGGUGGCUGCGACGAUGUUUCUGUUUCGGUUCAUCUACGUCGAAGUCGUGAGCGCGAUCCCGCUCAACGGCGGGUCGUACAACACGAUGCUCAAUACCACAUCCAAGCGGUGGGCAGCGUUCGUAUCGGCACUCGCCAUCAUCGCGUACCUGGCGACGGGCGUCGUGUCCGCCGUCUCGGCGUCCGACUACCUCCAGAAGGAGCUCCCAGCGCUUGACACUGUCUGGUCUGCCACCGCCAUCCUCACCGUCUUCGCAGUUCUAAACGUGUGCGGGCUCAAAGACAGCGCCGUGGUGGCCCUCGUGAUCUUUGUCGUGCACACGUUGACGCUAGUGGGGCUGGUUGGCGCAUCGAUUGUAUACGCAAUCCAACAUCCGCAUAUCUUUUGGGACAAUAUGGCGACCCCGUUCCCCGCGUUGGUCGUGGAAGGGCGCGAGUUGAGGGGCAAUGCUUCCACCGCACUCUUCUUUGGCUUUAGCUCGGCCAUGCUCGGGGUCACGGGGUUCGAAACCGCCGCCAACUUUGUCGAAGAGCAAGUCCCUGGCACGUUUCGCAAAGUCCUCCGGAACAUUUGGCUGCUCUCGACGGGAUUCAACUUUGCCCUGUCUGUGCUCAAUUUGUGCGUACUGCCUUUGGCUACAACCACCGCCAACAGCAACGUCGUGUUGGCUAUGAUGGCGUACACAACCGUGGGCCGAUGGUUCGAGCUGUGGCUGAGCAUCGACGGGUUCAUCGUGCUAUCAGGGUCUGUGCUCACGUCAUACGUUGGAAUCACGGGGCUGGCGAAACGACUCGCCAAAGACCGAGUCUUGCCAGAGUUCUUUUUAGCCGAAAACCCCUGGCGUCACACCAACCACUACAUUGUGCUGGCGUACUUUGUCGUAGCCACAAGCCUCGUGUGGAUCCUCCACGGCAACGUCACCAUGCUCAGCAGCGUGUACUCGUACGCUUUCCUCGCAUUGCUGGUGCUCUUCGCUGUCAGCGCCAUGCUGUUCAAACUCAAGCGCAGUCAAAUGCCCCGGGAGACCACCGCCCCGUGGUGGGCGUGCUUUGUGGGCCUCACUAUGACAUGCAUGGGGUUCUGGGGCAUCCUUCUAGGUGACCCCAAGGUCUCGGUUGUGUUUGCCACGUACUUGCUGACUGUGUCGGCGCUCAUGUUGCUCAUGUUGGAGCGACUGUUUGUGCUGCGGAUGGUCAUGGUCGUGCUCAAGAGCGUCAGUCCGUCGCCUGCCAACGAAAAGACAAGACUGCCGUUGCUGCAAUCCCCCAGCGAAGUGCUCGGCGGAAGGGCCAUCGUCAAGGCCAUCAAAACCAUCAACGAACCCCCGAUCGUGUUCUUUUCCAAACAUCCUGACCUCCAAGUGCUCAACAAAGCCGUGCUAUACGUACGACGGAAUGAACACACGGAGAACCUCCACAUCGUCCACGUGUACCCCCGCGGGGGCGCGCCGCCGCCCAACUUUAUCGACAUCGUCGCCGUCCUCGACUGCAUGUACCCAAAAUUGCGGAUCGACUCGGUGGUCGUCGAAGGCGAGUUCGCGCCGAGCACGGUGCACUGGCUAUCCACGUUCCUCAACAUCCCCACCAACAUGAUGUUUAUUCGCCAGCCAGACAAUAUGGACGCGCACAAAGUGUCGAUGCUUGGGGUGCGGGUCAUCACGGGCUAGCUACUACUACGUAGUAGUAGUAGUAGUUCACCAAUUAAAGCGAAUUAUUAUACGCUAAUAAACGUGUGUUCCUUGUCCA